AUGAAUUGCAUCAGCUGGAAUUGCAAGGGAUUGGGCCAUCCCCUUGCGAUUCCGACGCUCAUCGAACUCGUUCGAGUUCACAAGCCCAAUUUUAUCUUUCUCUGCGAAACAUUAUCCCAACGUCAACGAAUCGAGGAGAUCAGAAUUCGACUCAACUUUGAAGGCUGUUUCUCUGUGGACUGUGCAGGCAGGAGCGGGGGUCUAUGCAUGCUUUGGAAAACCACUUCUUCUUGCAAACUCACUGGCUACUCUCGGAAUCACAUCGAUAUGCAGAUCAAUGAUGCUAUUGGAAACUGGAGACUUACCGGCUACUACGACUUCCCCGAUAGGCAAAACCGUCGAGACUCCUGGAAUUUAUUGCGAAGGCUCUCAGGCUUGAACACUCUCCCUUGGAUCAUCAUAGGAGAUUUUAACGACCUCCUCGAUCCCGGAGAUAAACGUGGACGAGUCGACCAUCCAAAUUGGCUCAUGCAAGGCUUUCGAGCUGCUAUUAUGGAGUGCGAACUUUCAGACAUACCUCUCAGCGGAUACCAGUUCACCUGGUCUCGUGGAUUGGGGACAAACCAUUUUGUUGAGGAACGGCUUGAUAGGGGUAUGGCUACGAACAAUUGGAAAAAUCUCUUUCCAGAGGCGGUGCUGCUCCCGGUCUCGGCCACUAUCUCAGAUCAUGUUCCACUCCUGCUAAAGUGCAAAGGCUCUGCUCAUCCUAGGCAUACUCGCAGGUUUCACUUCGAGAACAAAUGGUGCUAUGAACUUGACUCCCCGUUGUGA